AUGGAAGCUCUAAAUGGAACCAUUGAUCCAGCUUGUCUGAAGGGUCGUCCGCUGGCUAUUGACAUGCUCAACCAGCUAGAUACAUUUGGCUAUUGCCUGUACUUCAUGCUCACCUUGAUGUCCUGUGUCUCCCUGCUUGUGUACCUGGAACAGUGUGCCUAUAUUUACAAAAAACUACCCUACCCCAAGAAGACCUUGGUCAUUUGGGUAAACGGUGCAGCACCAGUCAUUUCCACCAUGUCAUGCUUAGCUAUGUGGAUCCCGAGGGCAUUUAUGAUUACAGACCUGACAUCUAACAGUUAUUUUGCAGUUGUGAUUUACAAGAUCUUGCUUCUGUUGAUUGAGGAGUUGGGUGGCAGCAAUGCCUUUUUGGAGAAGUUCUCUGGUAAACCCUUUUGGAUCAGCACAGGACCCUGCUGCUGCUGUUGUCCAUGUUUACCCGACGUCCCCAUGUCAAGGCGAAUGUUAUUCCUGCUGAAGUUAGGCUCUCUUCAGUAUGCAAUCCUGAAAACGGUGUUCACUGUCCUGUCUAUAGUACUGUGGACCAAUGGCAACUAUGAUCCUACUAAUCUAGGAAUCUAUGGUAUAACCCUUUGGAUUAGCCUAUUUGUUGGUGUUCUAACCAUCAUCUCCCUUUGGCCUGUUGCCAUUGUCUUCAUGAACAUGAACCGCUAUCUACGCCCACUCAGGAUUAUACCAAAGUAUGCAAUGUACCAAUUAACACUUGUAUUGAGCCAGCUGCAGACAUCGAUCGUUAACAUCGUGGCCUUGUACGGAAACAUCGCCUGUGCUCCUCCAUUAAGCUCUCAAGCCCGUGGAACCAUGCUUAAUCAGCAGAUACUGAUCAUGGAGAUGUUCAUCAUCACCCUGGUCAAUCGGUUUUUGUACCGCCGCACAUAUGAGGCAGUUGAGACACAUGACAGUGAAGAGAACACCACAGCGCUGCCAGAGGCUACUCUCAUGGAGCAUGAUGUCUAA